AUGGCCCCGGAUAUAAGUAUUAGAAACCGAGACACCAUGAUGGAUGAAUGUCAAAGUUAUGACGUCCCGCCCCGUCCCCUUGCGCUCUGCCCGUCUUGCCCCGGCGCGCACGCUGCGCCGCUGCCCUGUCCUGCCCGCUCCCGUCCUGUCCCGUCCGCGCGCAGCCUGUCCCGCCCACAGCGCAGCCUACCCCACCCAUGCGCAGCCUGUCUCGUCCGCCGCACAGCCCGUUCCGCACAGCGCGCAGCCCGUCCCGCCCCUUGCGCAGUCCGUCUCGCCCUGCGCCCUGCCAGUCCCUCCGCGUGCGCUUCCCGUCCCGUCCCGACCUUCCCGCGCGUAGCCCGCCUCGUGGGCCGCUCGUCCCGCCCUGUGCACAACCAGCCCUGCCCCGCGCGUGCAGUCCCGUCCCGCACGCGCGCGCACACCGUCCCGCCCGCGCGCAGCCCGUCCCUACGUGCCCACUCGCAGCCCGCCCCGUGCACCGCCCGUCCCGCCCCGUGCACAGCUCGCCCCACCCGCGCGCAGUUCGCCCCGCCCGCGCGCGUCUCGUCCCUCUCGCAGUCCACCCUGCACCCGCCGCCCCACCCUGUACCCACCGCCCCACCCUGUACCCGUCGCCCCACCCUGUACCCGCCGCCCCACCUGCUACCCGCCGCCCAACCCUGUACCCGCCGCCCCACCCUGUAA